GCAAAAGCUCACCGCACAGUCGCACGCACGCACCCCGUGUCUCCAGUGGAGCCGCGCGCGAGCCGGGCCGACGACCCGCACGGCGCCUUCCGCUUCGCUGCUCCGGUCGGGCGACGUGGAGGCGGAGCAGCCACCCACCACCGCCGCGCGCAAUCCCCAUCCACAUCUCCGCAGAUCCCCUCUCCCGCCCACCACACCCAGAAGAUCUCUCCCCCUCUCCCUCGCCGGUCGCCGCCCACCACACCCCGGCAUAAAACGCCUCGCCUUCUCCUCUGCUAGGUCCGUCGAUCCCGCCGGCGACACCUACGUGCUUGCUCCAGAGAGACUAGACUAGCGAGAGAAGGGAGACGUACGGAGAGAUCUAUGGCUUCCCCGGCGCAGUCCAUGCUGUCGGCGAGCAGCUGCUGCAUGUUCCUGAGGAGCAGCAGCAAGCCUGCGCAGGGCGCGGCGGCGGCGGUGGCGGCGGCACUGGCGCGAGGUGGUUGCGGCGGCGGGAGGCUGUACCUGCUCUCCUGCAACGCCUCGUCGCAGCAGCAGCAGCAGUCGUCGCCGUCGCCGGCGACGUCUCCUCCUCCGGCGGAGGAGUCGGACUGCAACGAGGAGGAGUGCGCGCCGGAGAAGGAGGUGGGGAGCCUGAGCGCGGAGUGGCUGGCGGAGGAGCGGACCAAGGUCGUCGGCACCUUCCCGCCCAAGAAGAAGGGCUGGACCGGCUACGUCGAGAAGGACACCGCCGGCCAGACCAACAUCUACUCCGUCGAGCCGACGGUGUACGUGGCGGAGAGCGCCAUCAGCUCGGGGGUGGCGGGCGCGGCCGCGGACGGGUCGGAGAACACGGCGGCCAUCGCCGGCGGGCUGGCCCUCAUAUUCGUCGCCGCCGUGUCGUCCAUCCUCCUCCAGGUCGGCAAGAACCAGCCGCCGCCGCCGCUGGCCACCGAGUACUCCGGCCCGCCGCUCAGCUACUACGUCGCCAAGUUCCAGCCUUCCCCCACCGCCGCCGCCGCGCUCGCGCUCCAGCAGCCCGUCGCCGACGCCCCCGCCCCCGCCCCCAACGACGAGGCCCCCUCGCCGGCGCCCGCCGCCGCCGUCGACGAGCAGCUCUCCUCAUGAACCUGCUGCCGAUAGAGAAGAAUUUCAGUUUCAGAUAUGUUAAAAAGUGUGAUGAUCUCAAGCACCAGCUUGUGUACGUCUCAUCACAAAGAUCAUC